UUGAGCAAGCAUCCAGCCUAUCUGUUUACGAACAUUACGUAAUAUGAUAUUUACUUAUUAAGCACUUAUUAAUCGCUACUAAGUAUUGGUGUCGAUAACACAUCAUUGUUAUAUUUAAUAUAAAUAGGGCCUAAAUACAAUAACAAGUCAGUCAGUUAUUGAUCGUCUUGAAAGUAACUCUGCUCUACAGUAGUUAUAUACUAAGCACAGAUACGAGUAAAUUCGAUUUUCUGAAAAAUAAUGUCUUUUUUUGAAUGUCCGACAGAAAUUAUGAAUCCAAAGGAAACUCAAUUAUCAAGCGGUGGCUCCAAAAGAAAAAGCGAACGGCAAUCAAUACCAGCGAAGAAGCAAAAAAUGACGAAGACACCUACGUCGCCGACACACGAGACAUUGACGGAGGAACCGGACGAGGUAACGUUACUAAAACAGAAAAUGUUGACAGUCAAAUUAGUGGACCUGAAGGCUUGGGUAAUGGAGAACAUGGAGCAGAAUCUCGAGGAGGAGGAAGCCCUUUUGGAUUUCUGCGAAGUUUUAUUUCCGUCACAGGACAAUCAAUAUUGUCUCCUCGUCACUCUAUUGAUUAUUUCGAUUAUGUGCCCAUUGAAAAUUAUGGAGACAGUAAUGAAUCCGAAGCUAUGGAUGGACAAGAAAAUACAGAAUAUAUGGGAGGCGAAUAUGAUUUUAACUCCGACAACGAUGACGACACUAUAUCAACAUAUGAGGAGGUAUAUGAUGACGUCGUUGAAAGGCUUGGACGUGCAAUGGCUUCUAAAUUUGUCUCUGGCAUCCACAGGUAAAUAAUACAUAAUAUAUUAUAAUUAAAAAUAUAUUUUAUUUAAUUUUUAUUUUAAUAGAUAUGUCAGCCGUGUUAUUGUGCCGCGUGGAGUUAAUGGAGUUGAGAAGUGUUUGCGAGAGCUGGAACAACUUGUUGACAAGUACCCCCCCAAGCACUUCUAUAUUAUCUCAGGGCAUGGAGACCACGUCCACAUUUCACACAUCUGCGGGUACAGUGGACAAACUUGUCGGUGCCCCUUCAUCCUUCGAAGUUCAUUUUGGAGCAAAGACGGCCGACGUGGACUUCGUAGGGUUACUCGAGCAAUCGACCUCCAACCAGGAGAUUUCGCAAACAUACUGCGAUACUUAUCUACGGGCGGCCGACGCGUCCAUCUCGUUGGAGGGUUCAGAGAAGAUGGCCGACUAUUUGAUAGAUAUCAAUAUAUAUCAGUUAGUAUUAUGGAAUUAUAUUAUUAAAUUACGCGACAAUUUUAUAAAUAGGAAAAAAAUAUUAUAUAAUAAAAUUGUAGGUUUUAAUUUGAUUAAAAAAAAAAAUUAAUUUCUUAAAUUUUAGAGAUAAUUUAAAUGCAUACCACGAAUUAGAAAAUAGUAAUGAACUUAAAACGUUUAGUGAAAUAUUAAAUAUUAAUACUACA